CAACUUGUCAAAAUUCAAAUUUUAUAACCUAUACAAGCAAAAUAAAUAAUGUUAAAACAUUAUUUGUAGUAGAAAACAGCACUUAAAACGAAAUGUUUAAAACAAUUUUAACAUCUACGGUAUCUAAUUUUUAUAAAUCCAGUACUAGUUUAAGAUGUAAAUAUGAUAUAAGAUACCAACGAUAUAUACAUCGAACGGUUGUGUUUCUAAACCCAAGAAAUGUAUCAAAAGACAAAUCCUUCCCUUCAGCUAUGUCGCGAAAAUACGAAGUCCUCGAUGAAACAAGUUUACCUAUAAUAGAACACACUGCAGAUGAAAUUCACAUGGAUGAAAAAUAUCCAAUUCUUAGUGAUGAGUUUGAUGGAAUAAAUCUCGCAAGAGGAAAAAAUGGAGUGUUUGAAAUUGAGGAUCUUGUUGAGCUGUUACAGCGAGAGAAUUCCAAAAACAUUUUUGUGGCAUCAGUACCAAAGGAGAUUAAUUAUGUGGAAUACAUAUGUGUUGUCAGUGGCCGCAGUAAGAGACAUUUAAAAGCUUUAGCAGAGUUUGUACGGAAGGUUUAUAAGAAAAAAUGUUACAAAUCAGAUCAGAUACCAAGGAUAGAAGGAAAGGAUUCAGAUGACUGGAUUGCAUUAGAUUUAGGUAACAUUGCUCUUCAUAUCUUCUCCGAUAAAGCUAGAGAAGUCUACGACUUGGAAACUCUAUGGGCAGUAGGACCAGAGUAUGAUGAGAAAAUGACACAGAAGAGUGACAUUGUAGAUAUAUUUGAAAACUACAGUUCAUAUUUGAAAGAUUUAAAACCUCUAGAAUGAAUUGUUCCCUAACAUUUAUUCAAAGUAACUUUGUAAUAUAACUAAAAUAGAUAAUAUUUAGAUUUUUAAGACAUAAAUCUAUUGUACGAAAUUUAAAAAAAUAAAC